GAGGAUUUCCAGUAUGAUGAAUUCAAUUCAAUACUUUAGUAACACGAGAGACUUGGCGAUAAUUUACGAUGAAUAUUUACUACGUCAAGAUGUUUCAAGGUUUCAUUGCAAAUCAUCACUCAACGCUUAUCCACAUGUAUGCAUCCGACUGUGCAAGAACGAGACACCAACCAAACUCCAAAAGCAUUGGAAAGAAAAGAAGCAUUUGAUCUGCCGCAACUCUCUAGUGGAAAUGGCUAACGUGCUGCAUAUGAAUGGCGGCCUGGAAGAGGCCAGCUAUGCCUUGAACUCCUUGCUUCAGGUAAAUGAGACAGAUGCAGAAUCCCAUAACGGAGUCUGAUAUCGCGACUUGCAAGUGAUCGAUGAUCUGUUUAAAUAUGAUCGAGU